UAGAAGCUGUAAAGAGAAUUGAACUUCAUAUCUAAGCAAGCAGCAAACCAGCUGAAGUUCCCAGACAUCAUCAGUCCAGGAGGGCUCACUGAACUAGAGUUUUGCACCAGGAACCAGCCACAACCUGGGAUCAUGUCUGGUCAGCACCACUAGACCUAGCAUCUGGAAAUAGCAGGGUGAGGGUGGUCCUUCAGUCUUCCUCCACUUAACCAUCUGAUCCUCAUGCUGGGCAUUGGAAUCUCAGCCUUCCAUAUCAGUAAUAGCAAGGAAGAAUUUCAAUGGAUCCAUCUACGGUGACUGCUUUUGGCCUAGUGUUCUGUAUCUCGUGUCUGCUUCUUAUUUCAGCAUGGAGGAAUGCACUUGGAAGAGGAAAGCUACCUCCUGGCCCUGUUCCUCUUCCAAUUAUUGGUAAUAUGUUGCAGUUGGACACUAAGAAUAUCCCCAAAACCUUAUGCAUGCUGGCAAAAGUCUACGGCCCAGUGUUCACUCUGUAUUUGGGUUCUGAACCUAUUGUUGUAUUACAUGGGUACAAGGCAAUGAAAGAAGCGCUGACUGAUCAUGGAGAAGAGUUUGCCGGCAGAGGAAGUUUCCCCAUCAUUGAUGCUAUUAACAAAGGGUUGGGACUUGCUUUCAGCAGUGGAGAGAGAUGGAAGCAAAUGCGCCGCUUCUCCCUCAUGACCCUGAAGAAUUUUGGGAUGGGGAAGAAAAGCAUUGAAGAGCGAGUCCAAGAAGAGGCAAAGUACCUGGUCGAGGCAUUAAAAACAACCAAUGGGAUGCCCUGUGACCCCACAUUCAUCCUUGGGUGUGCUCCCUGCAAUGUCAUCUGCUCUAUCAUUUUCCAGAAGCGUUUUGAAUAUCAUGAUCAGAAAUUUCUACAUUUAAUGGAGCUUUUAGAUGAAAAGGUCAAGAUCCUGAGUUCACCAUGGGCACAGAUCUACAAUCUCUUCCCAGCUUUGGUACAAUAUCUCCCAGGAUCUCAUCACAAAUUAUUUAAGAACUGUCAAAUGCUGCAUAAUUUUAUUUUGGGGAGAGUGAAAGAGCACCAAGAAGCCCUGGACUCCAACAACCCUAAGGAUUUGAUUGACAGUUUCCUUUUAAAAAUGGAGCAGGAAAAGAAAAAGCCACAGUCUGAAUUUACCAUGGAAAACUUGCUCUACACUGUGUCUGAUAUAUUUGGUGCAGGGACAGCAACAACCAGUACCACUCUGAGAUAUGGCCUUCUGCUUUUCCUGAAACACCCUGAGAUAACAGAUAAAAUUCGUGAAGAAAUUGACCGUGUGAUUGGCCAAAACCGAAGUCCCUGCUUGAAGGACAGAAACAGUAUGCCUUACACAGAUGCUGUAAUCCAUGAGAUACAAAGAUAUAUUGAUCUGGUCCCAGCCAAUCUGACCCAUUCAGUGACACGAGAUACUAAGUUCAGACAAUACCUAAUCCCUAAGGGCACUACCAUAAUACCAUUACUGACUUCUGUUCUAUAUGACAAGGAAGAGUUCCCCAAUCCAGACCAGUUUGACCCAGGGCACUUCCUGGAUGAAAGUGGCAACUUUAAGAAGAGUGACUAUUUCAUGCCCUUUUCAACAGGAAAACGGAUAUGUGUUGGUGAGGGCCUGGCUCGGAUGGAAUUAUUUCUGUUUUUUACUACCAUCUUACAGAAUUUUACCUUGAAAUCUCCAAUUGACCCAAAAGAUAUUGACACCGCCCCAGUUGCCAGUGGGUUUGGCAAAAUACCCCCUUCCUUUAAGCUUUGCUUCCUCCCUUCCCAAAACAUGUGAGACACUCCAACUUCUCUAGUGUCUAGGAACAUGCUACCCUCAUUCCCUGGCCUGGCAAUGAAAGUCCUCUAUGAUUUCAAUCCAAACUACCUUCCUAACUCAGUCUCCUAUUGCUUCCUCUGACUUUUGACAAAAUGGAUUCCCUGCUCCCCCUAACCCCACCCAACAUUCUCCAGGCACUCCCUGUGCCUGAAAUAUUUCUUUUACUGAACUCUACUGGUUAAACUCUUACCCACUUUCAAAUCACAAUUCAGAUGCCAUAUCCCCAUUUACUUAUCACCAUACAAAUUAAAGCUCAAUUAUAUACCCA